GUCAAACAAAUGACCUGGGAUUGGCAUUAGCCUACUGGAUGAUCUGUGUUGCAUCCGUGAAAGUGUAAAAGAGUAUAUCAUACAAGUCAACCACAUACAGUAUUUCAAAUAAAUUUUUUUAAAUUUUUUACAGAAUAACGUGCAUAGCUUUGAUACAUGUACAGUUUUAUUUGGUGCAAGAAAAAAUUAUAUUGAAUUUGAAUAAAGUUAUGGUUUAUUGAUAAGGAUUUUAGGUGGUUUCAGAGAGUGAUGAAAAUUAAACGUGUCUAUUGAUAAUUUGAUAAACCAAAGACUGUUUGGUUGGUUUGAUUCUUUCAUGAAAAGAAAAAUAAAGGUAAAGAGAUGUACAGUACAAUGAUUGUUAAUUUUCAGUUUCUGAUGAAACCCAAACACUGUACCAUACUUCAAAUAUAUAUCAAAUUGCAUUUUUCUGCACUUAAGAUUUAAAGUACCAAUGUGUGAUGUUUAAUAUCAAUUUUUAUUUUGGUGCAUUCAGCAUUUUUCAUAAUCAUGACCAAAUUUUGAUAAAGCACUGAAAAACCUCCACACACCAAAUUUGGAAUGAAUAGGUUCAUGAUGGCCCAAAGUCCCAUUGAAAUCAAAUUGUCUUUUGAACCAGAGUUAAUUUCAUCCAGCCACAUCUUGGACUUGGAGCCCCCAUGGACCAAUUGUCCCACCAAAUAUUGGUUGUGGGUAUUUUUGACCAUGCGCCAUGCGAUAGGGUAUCAAAGUUUUUUGUAAUGCUCCGGGUCUAGAUGUUACAUCAAUCAAUUCAGGGAUGUAACAUACAGAUAUAUUCUCAUAUUUACUAAAUUACAAUCAAUUGGAAAUACUGUUCUAUUUUCACAAUGUAACAAAGAGUUACAGUUAUGCUUAAUUGAAAAAUUGUUUUUUUACGAGCACAGAUCUGAUGUUUUCUUACAAUAUCGUCCCAACUUCAUCUCAUUUUUAUCAUCUUGAAUUCAGUGGUAUGAUGCAUUAAGAGCAGUGGCCCGUCUUCCAUUUGGUCUACCCCGUGAGUUACGCAAGGCAGUGUGGUUGAGCCUAGCAGAUAAGCAUAUCAAGCAUCUUAAAUUAGAUUGGGAGAAGACAGUUAAGGUUGCCUUUAAUGAUCACUCAAAUCCUGAUGAUGACAAACUUGGUGUCCAGAUUGUUAAGGAUUUACAUCGUACUGGUUGUAGUGGUUUCUGUGGUCAAGGAGCAGAGGAAGACAGAGUAGUUCUAAAGCGAGUGCUUUUGGCCUAUGCUAGAUGGAACAAGUCCGUUGGUUACUGUCAGGGGUUUAAUGUCAUCGCUGCACUUAUUCUAGAGGUCAUGGAAAGGAUGGAAGAUGAUGCACUCAAGGUAAUGAUUUUCUUGAUAGAUCAUGUCCUACCUGACAGCUACUUUGCAAACAACUUGAGGGCGCUGUCUGUUGACAUGGCUGUAUUCCGCGAGCUUCUACAUUUCAAACUACCUGACCUAGCACAACAUCUAGACAAGCUUCAGAAAUCAGCCAAUGACGGUUUGUCAGGUAGCUAUGAGCCACCUUUAACCAAUGUUUUCACCAUGCAAUGGUUUCUAACACUAUUUGCCACCUGUGUACCUAAGAAGUUAGUCCUGAGAGUUUGGGAUACGCUAUUCCUAGAAGGUUCUGAAGUUCUGCUCAGAGUGGCACUUGCAAUAUGGGCUAAACUGGAACAACCUUUAUUAGAGAUUAAGAGUGCUGAUGAAUUCUAUAGUCAGAUGGCUGUACUGUGUAGUGAGAUGCUGCAAGAUCAACUCAUUGAUGGAGAUGAUCUUGUUAAGAUGAUUUACUCAAUGGCAUCAUUCCCAUUCCCUCAUCUGAAUGAGAUCCGUGAGAAGUAUAUGUUCAGCAUCACUCCUUUCUCUCCUCUUGGUGGUUUGGAGAAGACUUCAACCUCAUCUGAAACCAAGUCAACUACUGUUGGUCCUAAGCGUAAGGAAGGACAGAGAGGAUACUCACAACCAUCUAGUAGUCAUGCUAGCCAGAGUGAUGAGGAAACUGAAUUUAUAGAUGAUGAAGAUCUAACCAAUAUGACAUGCUUUACAGGACUAUUUCCUCCACAGUCGCCUUAUGCUAUCACUGAUGGUGGUGAUCGUUCUGAAUCUCAAGGGUCAGCUGGAGAUGACAUCACCAAAGUUAGUCCUGGUGCAUACAGUACAAGCUCCGAAGACCUUACCCUGCACUCUGCUGCCCUCAUGGAGAGGAUGACUAUGGAUGUACAGUCAUUGAAGAAACAAUACUUACGCAUACAGCGCAGGCAGAUGAGGGCGCAUGUCAUAUAUGGGCCUACAAGUAUUGCAGGCAAAAGAGCCCACAAGCCUGUAUCACGUAAGAAGAACAUAGCAGUUGCAAUCGAAAGCCCAGCAGUAGUCAACCACUUACUUGUUGGAAAAGGAGGUCUGGGUAAGAAGAAUGCCAAAAUUGCUUCUACACCUCAGAUAGCACCCCCAUCAAGAAAAAGCUAUGAUGAUGAUGAUGACUUUCCAAGCAAGAGAGUUCAUGUCAACACCAAACCAAAUGUAAAGCAUCUUACCUCAGACAAGGAUGAAAGUAAGAAUGAUGGAGGAAGGGAUGACAUGUCAGAACUCUCAAGUGUCUUUGAAGAUAAUGAAGAUAUAUCUGCUGUUGGUUGCCAUUCUUCAUCCCGGGAUGAUCUGACCAAGGGUCACCAGGACAGUUUGUCAAACCAAGAUGAAAAGACAUGGUCUCAAGAGUCUUUGGAGCCGGAGAUUGGUUCAUUGAUUGAUCUGGGUUGGGGAUCAGAUGGAGAAAGCCAUACCAACGAUGACCAGCGUGAAAAUGUCGGCCUUGAUACGAAUGGCAUUGAACGUGUGAUGCGUGUCAAUGAUGCCUGUGAUUCAGCAUCAGAAAGUCAAGACCUUAAUGCAAAUGAUGUCACUAGCAACAGACCAAGGCAGCACCUAGACUCUGAUAAGACAUUGAAGAGUACAAGUACAGAAAGCAUUCCAAGUAGCAUGUUAGCACCAGAGUUUAAUUGCUCCAUUGCAGCCUUCAAUCCAAACCUCCCAAGCACCUCUCCAAGAAGACAAAAUUCAAAAGCAUCAGAACCAACCAGUCCCAGUCAGGAGAAACCAUGGAUAACAACCAAUGGGACUGUAGCAGACCAAAGUCAUGUGUCUGUCUCGACCAGUUGGAGACGAUGUAGUAGUGGAAGUUCCAGCUGUGAUGAGCCAACAACACCUCCUGCACGUGUGGUGUUUAAUCCCUUUCCCAAACGCUCACUUAAGAGUUCAGAAAGCAGGACAAGAACAAGGAUGAAGCUAGGUUUGUAUCCCAAAAAGACCAAUGAAAAAAGACAAGGCUAUUCUACAAGAGAUGCAUCUGCAGAACAACUUUCACAUGAUAUAGCCAGGUCCAUUCAAUUAGGUAGCUAGACUUUCAUUUUCCAUUUUUAUUAUUGAUUUAUAUUAUAUGGGUUUACAUUUGAUCAGUUCAAUUUUUUACCAACAUAUUUUUUCUUUUUUUUUUAAAUAUUUUAAAUAUUUAUUUACUUAUUAUUAGUUUGACACGAGUACAGUAGAAAUACUGAACUGCCUUACAUCUCUUUUUUUUUUGGUUUAUUAAAGGAAUAUUUUUUAUCAUGAAACAUUUCAGUAGAAUUUAUUGUCAUUUUAGUUUUUAUGAGAUGAUUGGUUGUUUCUUUGUUUUGAAAUGAUUUAUCCCAAUGAGGUCAAACAAAAUCAGAUGAAACUGCAGAGAUAUUGAACUAUUAAUACACUAUUUACCAUAAUUAGUCUGCAUAUUACAAGUAUAGGAGGAGCAAUAAAAGAAGAAAGCAAUAUUUCAGAAAAGCUAAAGUCAUCAGUUAAACCAUGGAUAUGAUUCCCAUAUUAGAACUUGUAUGAUCCUAAACACUUUGCGUUGUUGUCGUUUCUGCUCUAGUAAUAGCAUAGAGCUGUAAUAUGCAACUUAUAUGUUGAUUUAUUUUUUGUAUAUUCAUUUCCAUGGUUGCAAUUUGUAGGAUUGUAUUGAGAUUUAGUAAUGAAUAAUCAUGGAUGGUGUUCUUACUGCAUUGAUAAAGUUAACCCUAGAUUAUCUUAGACCAUACCUUUAUGGGGUACCAUUUGUCAACUUAUUUACUAAUUUAUAAAUUGUUAAUUCAUUCCUACAGUGAAAAAAUCAAUUUCAUUUUGAAAAAAAGGGAUAAUACUAAGAUUAUCAAUUAUUUCUUUGGUAUAUUAUUUUUGUAAUGAGUAUUGAAGAAGGGAGAUGAACCCUAGUAUUACACAGAAGUGUGGACUAAAUUUGUUGUUUCGUCUGAAGUUUAAUAUCGGCUUAAGUACCAGAAUGGUAUCCCAUAAGUACAUGAACAUAGUCAAAUGGCAAUGCACCAUUGAUAAAAUUUACUGCCAAACUUUAAGUAAACAUUAUUCAUGGGCAGAUGAGCAGAUCAAUCUGAGCAGAGUCAAUUUUGAUUUAAUUAUUUCUAAAAAUCUAGUGAUGUCUGAAGCAGAUGAUUAGAUGACUGUGUCUUAUAACUUUUUAAUUUGAAUGAUCUUUAGAUAUUUUAUAGUUAGCAUUUCUGAAUAUCCAGUGGAGUGCUUUUGCUGUAAAUGUUGGUUUUGAAAUAAAAAUAUUUCAAAAAUUUAAUUCUAUUAUUUAUAGAGCAUGUAUUGGCAUUAUUAAGCUAAUUGAAAAAGAUUUUUUUUUAAACUAUCUGUACUAAAUGUCAUCUGCAUAUACAUAGUACUGUGUCUUCCUCAUUAAAUGUAGUAAACACAUAAGAUAUACUGUGUAUGUUUUGUCUCUCUUGUGGCAUUUAUUGUCCCAAUUGUAGAUGAAUUGAACAAUUUCUUAGUCAAUGAAAAUAUACACUGCUUUAAAUACAAUGGACUAUUGUCAAAACAUCUGCUUAUUUCUAAACCAAAUUUCAUAGAAAUGAUUUAAGAAUGUUUAAAAGAUCAUUAUAGUUUAUGUAUAUAUGUUUGUUGUAACUUUCUUGAAAAUAAUUAUGAUCAUACAAAGAUUAGAUAAGUAGGAAGAAAGAGAAACUUCCCAUUUCAUAUAUAUAUAUAAUUUUGCAUUCAUUUCAGUCUUGUUAAACAGGAAAUGUUAUUUGAUAUUGGAGGUUUUUAUUUAGAAUUUUGGGUAGAUAACUGUAAACCCCUUUUUUCUAUCAUUUUUGUCUCACCUGCAUAGCACAAGAGACUAUAGGCGCCGCUUUUCCGACGGCGGCGGCGGUGUCAACAUCAAAUCUUAAUCUAAGGUUAAGUUUUUGAAAUGACAGUAUAACUUAGAAAGUAUAUAGACCUAGUUCAUGAAACUUGGCCAUAAGGUUAAUCAAGUAUUACUGAACAUCCUGCCUGAGAUUCAUGUCACAUGACCAAGGUCAAAAGUCAUUUAGGGUCAAUGAACUUUGGCCGAAUUGGGGGUAUCUGUUGAAUUACCAUCAUAACUUUGAAAUUUAUGGAUCUAAUUCAUGAAACUUGGACAUAAUAGUAAUCAAGUAUCACUGAACAUCCUGUGCAAGUUUCAGGUCACAUUAUUAAGGUCAAAGGUCAUUUAGGGUCAAUGAACUUUGGCCAAAUUGGGGGUGUUUGUUGAAUUACCAUCAUAACUUUGAAAGUAUAUUGGUCUAGUUCAUUAAACUUGGACAUAAGAGUAAUCAAGUAUCACUGAACAUCCUGUGCGCAUUUCAGGUCACAUGACCAAGGUCAAAGGUAAUAUAAGGUCAAUGAACUUUGGCCAAAUUGGGGGUAUUUGUUGAAUUACCAUCAUAUCUCUGUAAGUGUAUUGGUCUAGUUCAUAAAACGUGGACAUAAGAGUAAGCAAGUAUCACUGAACAUCUUGUGCGAGUUAUAGUAGGUUUCAAAGUCAGCACUGCUGCUAUAUUGCAUCGCGUGAUGCAGGUGAGACUGCCAGAGGCAUUCCACUUGUUUAAAUAUAUUUGAUUGCCUUUUGCUUCUGAAAUCUUAUAAAAGUUAUAUUCAUUCUGUAAUACUUUGUAAU